AUGUCAUCAUCCUUUGCAGAAAAGCACGAUGUUUUUCUGAGCUUCAGAGGAGAGGACACGCGAAGCAACUUCACAAGCCAUCUUUACACUGCUCUGCUUCAGAAAUCAAUCACCACAUUCAUAGAUUACAAACUCAUCAGAGGAGACUACGCUUGGCCAACCCUUUCCAGAGCGAUCGAUGAGUCUGUAGUGUCAAUUGUUGUUUUCUCAGAAAACUAUGCUUCCUCGACGUGGUGCUUGAAAGAACUUGUGCACAUACUCGAAUGCAGAAGAAAGCGGGGUCUUGUUGUUAUACCCGUCUUCUACAAAGUAGAUCCCACGCACAUAAGGAAGCUGCGUGGGAGCUACGAAAAGGCAUUCGCAAAGCAUGAGCGAGACCCCACAUUGUCCAAUCGCAAAUCCCACCGGCAGGACGUUUCCAGGUGGAAAGCUGCUCUCAAAGAAGCAUCCAAUAUUUCUGGAUGGGACUCAAGAUCAUACAGGAAAGAUCAUGUCAUAAGGAUAUUAGAUGCCUGUGGUUUUGAGGCAACUAGUGGAGUAGAUGUUCUUGAAGACAAAGCUUUGAUUACUAUUUCAAAUAGAAAUAUAAUACAAAUGCAUGACUUGCUGCUAAAAAUGGGUUUGGAGAUAGUACGUCAAGAGAGCAGUGGGCAUCCUGGAAGUCGUAGUCGAUUGAAGGAUGAUGAAGCUAGGGAAGUGAUUGAACAAAACGAGGGAACUGGUGCAAUUCAAGGAAUAGCACUAGAUUUGUCUCAAAUUAAAGGUUUAAUUUUGUAUGCUGACACAUUCACAAAGAUGAAAACCUUAAGAUUUCUGAAAUUCUACACCAGUUUGGGUGAGAGUGCUAGUGAUACAUACCUUGACCUUCCCACAACUCUUGACCCAUUUUCUGAUAAACUGAGGUACAUUGAGUGGAUUGGAUACCCUUUUGAGUCUCUUCCAUCACCUUUUUGUGCUAAGUUUCUCGUGGAGAUUCACAUGCCACGCAGCAAAGUUAAACAACUUUGGCAGGGGAUCCAGGAGCUUGAUAAUUUAGAAGGAAUUGACCUAAGACAAUGCAAACAGUUUGAGGAGCUUCCAGAUUUGUCUAAGGCGCCAAGACUUAAAUGGGUGAUUCUCACCGGUUGUGAAAGUUUGCAGUAUCUUCAUCCAUCUGUUUUAUCCUCAGACACGCUUGUUACUUUGAUACUGGAUAGGUGUACAAACCUUAAGAGAGUUAAAAGUGAGAAACAUUUAAAAUCUCUAGAGAAGAUCAGUGUCAAUGGCUGCUUAAAUCUGGAGGAAUUUGCAGUUUCAUCAGAUUUAAUUGAAAACUUGGAUUUAAGCAAUACAGGAAUCCAAACAUUGGACACAUCAAUAGGGAGUAUGUAUAAACUUAAGUGGCUCAAUCUGGAGGGCUUAAAACUCAAGCAUCUUUUGAAAGAGUUAUCAUGCUUGACAUCUCUCAAGGUGCUGAAGAUUUCUGAUAAUGGACUAGUAAUGGACAAACAGAAAAUACAUGUUCUAUUUGAUGGAUUAAGGUACUUAGAAAUACUAUAUUUGAAGGAUUGUAGUAAGCUGUUUGAACUCCCCGACAACAUCAGUUUCUUAACACAAUUAAGAGAACUAAGGUUAGACAGAAGCGAUGUGAAAAGGUUGCCUGAAAGCGUUAAGAAUCUUCACAAGUUGGAAAUUCUGUCCUUGGAGAAUUGCAAGGAGCUUUUUUGCCUUCCAAAGUUUCCAUCCCUCAUCAAAUACUUACGUGCCAUUAACUGCACGUCAUUGGUGUCAGUGUCAAACUUGAAGACUUUGGCAACAGAGAUGUUAGGAAUGACCAAACGCAUUACAUUCAAGAACAGCUGCCAAUUGGAUGGACAUUCACUCAAACUUAUUAUGGAAAGCCUCCAUUUAACAAUGUUGAGUGCUGCAUAUCACAAUGUGUUAGUAAGAAGAUCAUAUGGGUCGUACCACAGCUACAACUAUACAGCUGUUGAGCUUUGUUUACCAGGAGGGAGUGUCCCUGAGAAGAUCCAUUAUCGAUCUACUAAGUCCUCCAUUACCAUUGUACUUCCUCCACGUUCUGACUUACUGGGCUUCAUUUACUCUGUGGUUCUUUCUCCAGCUGGUGGAAGGAAGACUUAUGGCACUAAGAUAAAUUGUAAAUGCCACUUGCCAGAAGAAGGUAUAAUGGAAACAUGGCUAUAUAGUGAUAUCAGGGAAUUGAAGUCGGAUCAUGUUUAUGUAUGGUAUGAUCCAUUACACUGUGACAGCAUUCUCAAAUAUCAUGAACGACCAAAGGUUUUUUUUGAGUUCAAUGUUGCAAAUGAUAAGGGGGAAGUUGACGGUUCCAUUUGUAUUGAAGAGUGCGGGGUAGGCCUAGUAAGUGUUUCAGAGGUGGAGAGUGUUUUACAAGAGUUGGACUUUGAUUCCGAUAAGAAAAAGGAGUUGAUGGAGGGAGUGGAGUUGGAAUCAAAAUUAGGGAAUCAACAGCGAGAUUGGAGUGAAUGGAGUUCCUCUGACAGUCCAACAUCUCUAACCAGCUCCUCUGAGUCGGAUUCAGAGAUGGUUGAACCAGAUUUAGCUGAAAAAGGUAAAUAUACUCACAAGGAAACGAAAACUGAUUCUGGAAUAAAUGCGGUCAAACACGAAGGUAAUAAAGAAGCUCCAAUCAAAUCAGAUGCAACAUUGCAUGAGACCGUCGAGUCACAUUCAGACAAUGAAAACAAGUUCAGAGAAAAGUCAAUUACACAAUCAAAGGUAGCAGUGAUGGUUGAACUAGAGACUGAAUCUACUUGCAAGGAAACCCAGAGCACUGCUAAAAGACAUCCCAAAGAGGAAUCCACAGAGUCUACACAAGUUGAUAAAAUCAGAUUAAGUGAAAGAAAGCGAACUGAAUCCGAUGUUGGAUUGCAUCAACCUACGGUGUCAGUUAAUGAAUCUAAUGCUUCUAAGGAGGAUAAUUCAAGUGAAAUUAACUGUGACUGGCCAGAUACCAAUAUUCAAGAGGUUAAUUAUUCAGAAGCAAAUGAAUACCUACAUGCAGGAGAAAUCUUAGUUCAUCAUGACAUUCAUGAUGUCAAUGUUGCUGAAGAACCAAACCAUGAAAAUGAAAGGGAAAACAGAGGAACUGAUCAUUGCUUCCGAGCUGAAGGAGAAGAUGGAUCAGAUGAGGACCCUUUUGCUGAACUUGAUAGCAUCCUGUUGAGAAGUCCCAAGUCCUCAGCAAAAGCAACAUCUACAACCGAUGUGGCUGUAAGUGAAGCUUUGCAUAAUCUUAAUUUCCUACUGGAGAACUCACUUGAUUGCAUUCUCGGUGACACUGAACUACAACAAGAAUUACUCACCACUUUGGAAUUCAUAAAAGAGGCAUCCCAGGAAAAAGUUUCUCCUAAUGUUGCAAAGCUGGUUGAAGGAAUAACUUCCUCUAUUGAUUAUCUAUUCAAGGACUUUCCCUCGACUCAAAACGUAGUAGAAGCUCACACAAGCCAUUUGCUACAAAAGCAAAAACUUGUACAGCAAGUGAGAGAUGCUAAGAAACAGAAAGAAUUAUUGAACAAAGAAAUGCGUCAAUAUAGGUUUGAAACUGAACGGCUUGGCAAGAAGGCUGAAAAGCUGGAUGAAAUGAUUCAACUUUUUACUGAACAAAAGAAAAGUGUUGAGUUGAAAAGGGCCAAGUUGAAGGAGACUCUGGAAAAAUGUGAAGGUGAAAAGAAGAAACUGAAACAAGAGGCUAAGAAUAAGGUAACUGAAAGCAAAGAGAUAAUGUUGGUGAUUGAGAAUUCUAAAGCCUCGUAUGAUGCUGCCCUGUCCAAGCAGCAGAUGUUGAAUGAUAAAUGGGAAGGUUUCAGAACAGCUUUUGCAGACAACUGUGGGACACUGGUAGCUCAUGACAGCUGA